AUGCCUUCGCGAAACAAGGCUAAACAGGUCCCUGAGAAGGAGAGGUUUAUACAGUGCUGUGCAGAUAUAUCACUUGAGCUAGUGGCUUCGCUCAAGUCGUCAAAAGAUAUAAACUUGAAUGGGCUCAUCAUCAGGUAUGCCAAAAAGCAUAAGCUUAAAAGUCAACCAAGAUUAACCGAUAUCAUUUCGUCAAUACCGGACCAACACAAGAAAUACCUUAUCCCCAAACUAAAAGCCAAACCAAUACGUACUGCUUCUGGUAUCGCCGUUGUGGCAGUAAUGUGCAAACCUCAUCGAUGUCCUCAUAUUGCAUAUACCGGGAACAUUUGUGUUUAUUGUCCAGGUGGGCCCGAUUCGGAUUUCGAGUAUUCUACACAGUCGUAUACUGGAUACGAGCCUACCUCGAUGAGGGCGAUUCGAGCAAGAUACGACCCGUAUGAGCAAGCUAGAGGCCGUGUUGAUCAAUUGAGGAAAUUGGGUCAUUCAAUAGAUAAAGUCGAGUAUAUCAUCAUGGGUGGUACGUUUAUGUCAUUACCUAUCGAGUAUAGAGAAAACUUCAUAACGCAGUUGCACAACGCUCUUACCGGAUUUAAUGGGAAAAACAUAGAUGAGGCUAUUGAGUUUUCUCAACAGUCUCAAACGAAAUGUGUUGGUAUCACUAUUGAAACCAGACCUGAUUAUUGCACAGAGACCCAUUUAAGUGAUAUGUUGAAAUAUGGAUGUACGCGGUUGGAAAUCGGUGUGCAAUCGGUAUACGAAGAUGUGGCAAGAGACACAAAUAGAGGCCAUACGGUGAAGGCUGUAUGUGAAACAUUUGCUGUAGCUAAAGAUGCGGGGUAUAAAGUCGUUAGUCACAUGAUGCCCGAUCUACCUAAUGUUGGAAUGGAAAGGGACUUGGAACAAUUUAAAGAGUAUUUCGAAAAUCCCGCUUUCAGAACCGAUGGGUUGAAAUUGUAUCCCACUUUGGUUAUUAGAGGUACCGGAUUAUACGAACUAUGGAAACAAGGUCUAUACAAGUCAUAUAAUGCUAACGCGUUGAUUGAUUUGGUUGCGAGAAUUUUGGCGUUGGUACCACCUUGGACACGUAUUUACCGUGUUCAAAGAGACAUACCUAUGCCCUUGGUUACGUCUGGAGUUGAGAAUGGUAAUUUAAGAGAAUUGGCAUUGGCAAGAAUGAAAGAUUUUGGAACUUCAUGCAGGGAUGUAAGAACCAGAGAAGUUGGUAUACAAGAAGUACAUCACAAGGUUGUACCGGAUCAAGUGGAAUUGAUUAGACGUGAUUACUAUGCAAAUGGAGGAUGGGAAACAUUUUUAAGCUAUGAGGAUCCCAAACAAGAUAUCUUGAUUGGAUUAUUAAGAUUAAGGAAAGCCAGUAAAAAAUACACUUACAGAAAAGAGUUCACUAAGCAACAAACAUCAAUAGUGCGAGAAUUGCAUGUUUAUGGAUCAGUAGUGCCAUUACAUUCAAGAGACCCAAGAAAAUUUCAGCAUCAAGGUUUUGGUACAUUGUUGAUGGAAGAAGCUGCAAGAAUAGCCAAGGAAGAGCACGGUUCUAAAAAGAUUAGUGUUAUUUCUGGUGUAGGUGUGAGAAAUUAUUAUGCAAAAUUAGGAUACGAAUUAGAUGGUCCAUUCAUGUCAAAGAUGCUUUGA